GAGUUUCUUUCUUUUAAGGUUUUUUUUUGUCAGACCCAAGAAGACAAAGACCGAAUAGUGUCAAGCCUGGGAGACUGGAUUGCUGACUGUGGUGUGCCUGGAAUUUUCAGUGCAGCACCUAAUAUGAGACGGAUCUAUGGUCAGCUAAUCAGCUAAUAAGUUUGGAAAUCUCUUGGAACAUAUUUAUUUUAGAACAGCAGACAUGAUCGCCCAAUUCAAGGAAGGCAUGAACUCCUGUGGCAACUUGUGGCAGAUUGUCGAAAAAAACUGGAAGGUCUUCCUUCCCUUGUUCACAAAUGAGGAGAAACAAUUAACAAGAGAUGAAUUUAGAGCCCUAUUCACCAUUUGCUGGAGUGAGGAGGGAAGCAAUCUCAGGGAAAAGGAGGAAGACACCAUAUUUUGCUGGGAGCUCCUGCUGAAUUCAAUUCAGGAAAAACAAUCAACAAUCACCUUCCAGGAGAUGCUGGUAUUUAUUACUGGUGCAGACAGCAUUCCCCCACUGGGCUUCCCCGGAGAACCGAGAAUUGAGUUUUACACUCAACAAAAUCGCCGGCUUCCAUUUGCAUCAACUUGUGGCAUGGUGCUCUUUUUGCCUCGAGGCAUCCAAGAAGAGGAGGAGUUGACUGACCUGCUUAACACAGCACUCAAAGGUUACCUUGGAUUUGGAAAAAUUUAAUUUAGUUACUUUCGUCAAAUGUUAAUUAAAGGGAUAGUUGACCCUUAAAAUAAUUUUCUGUCAUUAAUUACUCACCCUCAUGUUGUUCCAAACCCACCCAUAAACGUUUUGUGAACCCAUAAACAAAUUAAGAUAUUUUUAAUGAAAUCUGAGAGCUUUCUGUCCCUUCAUUACAUCUAUGUAACUACCAAUGUCAUGCAUGAAAAAGUUCAUAAAUAAA